AUGCAGAACGUUGCUGCUUCUGUUACAGAUACGCUUGGGAACAUAAAGCCAUGGUUUCAAAAAGUUACAACACAAGCGAAAACGACUGAUUCAAAGUAUUUCACGACUACAAAGAAAGGCGAAAUUUUCGAACUGAAGGCUGAGCUUCAGAAUGAAAAAAAGGAGAAAAAAAAGGAAGCUGUUAAAAAGGUCAUAGCUAGUAUGACUGUUGGCAAGGAUGUUAGUGCGUUGUUUCCGGAUGUGAUGAAUUGUAUGCAAACUGAUAAUCUAGAACUUAAAAAGCUGGUUUACCUGUAUCUUAUGAAUUAUGCUAAAACGCAGCCGGAUACAUCAAUAAUGACAGUUAGCACCUUCGUUCGGGAUUGUGACGAUCCUAAUCCGCUGAUCCGAGCUUUGGCCGUGAGGACUAUGGGCUGUAUUCGAGUCGAAAAGAUUACAGCAUACUAUUGUGAUCCUUUGCGGAAAUGUCUAAAGGAUGAGGAUCCAUACGUUCGCAAAACCGCUGCGAUUUGCGUUGCAAAGCUCUAUGAUAUCGAUCCAGUAUUGGUUGAAGAUAAUGGAUUCCUGGAACUUUUAAAGGAUUUAUUGAGUGACAGCAACCCUAUGGUUGUUACUAAUGCUGUGGCUGCUAUUUCUGAGAUAUUGGAAACAUCCCAGUCGGAGGCUGCCGUGAAUAUGCUAAAAAUUGACCAAAAUGUCGUAAACAAACUUCUUACCGCCUUAAAUGAAUGCAACGAGUGGGGCCAGGUAUUCAUUCUUGAUGCCAUUGCUGAAUACUCUCCCUCAGAUGAACGAGAGGCUCGUGGUAUCGUUGAACGUGUGAUGCCCCGUCUGCAGCAUGCUAAUUCUGCUGUUGUCUUAUCUGCUGUUAAGGUUAUCAUUCGAACCCUUGGAUUCAUUGACCCAGAAUCCGAUUUGGCCCAAAUUACCUCAAAAAAGUUAGCACCACCCCUGGUGACCCUACUUUCUGCUGAACCUGAGAUCCAGUACGUUGCUCUACGAAAUAUAAACCUUAUUUCUCAAAAGAACAAGGAUAUUUUAAAGCAGGAGAUCAAAGCCUUUUUCGUGAAGUACAAUGACCCCAUUUAUGUGAAGCUGGAAAAACUUGAUAUUAUGAUCAGGCUGACAAAUCAAGCUAAUAUUACGCACGUACUUGCAGAACUGAAAGAAUAUGCGAAAGAAGUGGAUGUUGAUUUUGUGCGUAAGGCCGUACGUGCAAUUGGUCGAUGUGCUAUCAAAGUUGAAGCUUCCGCCGAGCGUUGCGUAAGCACGCUUGUUGAGCUUAUCAAUACCAAAGUCAACUACGUUGUUCAGGAAGCUAUAGUUGUAAUUAAAGACAUUUUUCGUAAAUAUCCAAACAAGUAUGAAAGCAUUAUUGCAAAUCUUUGCGAGAACUUGGAUACUCUAGACGAACCGGAAGCCCGUGCCUCAAUGAUUUGGAUUAUCGGUGAAUACGCAGAACGUAUCGACAAUGCUGACGAACUGCUGCAGUCUUUUCUGGAUGGAUUCCAUGACGAGAACACACAAGUUCAACUCCAGCUUCUCACUGCUAUCGUAAAGCUUUUCCUCAAGCGACCAUCUGACACUCAGGAGCUUGUUCAAAACGUCUUAGGCUUGGCCACUCUUGAAUCAGAUAACCCUGAUCUGCGCGAUCGUGGCUACAUCUACUGGCGCCUUCUGUCAACGGACCCUGCCGUGGCAAAGGAAGUUGUCCUUGCUGAGAAGCCCUUGAUUUCAGAAGAGACUGACUUGCUUGAGCCGUCAUUAUUGGAUGAAUUAAUUUGUAAUCUCGGCAGCUUAGCUAGUGUUUAUCACCAGCCCCCAAGUGCAUUUGUGGAAGGGAAGCAUAUUUCUCGUAAACAGCUUUUUAAUGCAUCUACAACUGCCGGUAGAACUGACGAUGCUAGUGGGAUUCAACCACCGACUCAAACGGUUAUUCCCACGCAGGAGACUCUGAUUGGAGAUCUCUUGGACAUCGACGCUAUGCCAAACCCAUCUAUGGCGCCACCAGUCGGAUACACUGGUUCUGCUAUCCCCGGUCUAGAAAUGGAUGCCCCAGAUCUCCUUGGAGAUGGUCUUGAUGACCUCCUCCCUGGCGUCAUUCCGAGGAGUGUACCUCCUACCCCAAUCGGCACGUCUGAACCCUCGUCCACUGCCGAUGCUUUGGCCGAUAUCUUUGGAGGCGUAGGUAUUGGUGGGGGAGGAUCCUUGGGUGCUGCUGCCACUAGCCGUGACAUAGCCCCUGCAGGUAUGACCUCGGUCGCCUCUUCAGCCUACGUUCCCGCACCCGCUAUUUGGUUAGAAUCCUCGCGCGGCAAGGGCCUUGAAAUUGCAGGCACAUUCAGUGUGAAUACCGCAACCAACCAACCACAAAUGGAACUGACCCUCACAAACAAUGCACUUUCCCCAAUGACUGGGUUCGCUAUCCAAUUCAAUAAGAAUAGUUUCGGACUUGCCCCUGCGCAAGCUCUUAAUGUGCCUACUCCCUUGCAACCCAAACAGUCAGUUAAAGUGAUUCUGCCUCUGGGAUUUGGCAAUCAGGUGGUAAAGAUGGACCCGCUUAUGAACUUACAAGUCGCAGUGAAAAACAAUGUCGAUGUCUUCUAUUUCGCUUGCCUUGUGCCCAUCCAUGUACUUUUCACAUCUGUCGGUGAGAUGGAGAAGAUGGUGUUCCUCGCCACGUGGAAGGAUAUCCCUGCAGAAAACGAACAACAAUUCGUUUUGACUCCUCUCUCCCUGGACGCCGACACAUGCUCCCAGAAACUGCGUAACAACAAUGUGUUUACGAUCGCCAAACGCAAUGUUGACGGGCAGGACAUGCUCUACCAGUCCAUCAAACUGUGUAACGGAAUUUGGGUCCUUGCGGAAUUAAAGAUUCAACCUGGAAAUCCAUCAUACACUCUAUCUCUGAAGUCCAGGGCGAUGGACGUUUACCCCUACGUGAGGGAAGCAUUCCACGGGAUCCUCUCCAAUUAA